AUGUCAAAAGGAAUCCUACUUGGUGAUAAAUUUCCGGAUUUCCAAGCCGAGACCAGUGAAAGCUUCAUUUCGAGUUUCCAUGACUGGAUUGGUAAAGAUAGUUGGGCAAUAUUGUUUUCUCAUCCACGAGAUUUCACUCCAGUUUGCACCACGGAGCUUGCUAGGCUAGUUCAACUAGAGCCGGAAUUCAAGAAACGGAAUGUAAAACUGAUUGGUUUAAGUUGUGAUUCGGUACAGUCGCACCGUAAAUGGGCUGAUGAUAUCAUCGAACUGUGCAGAAUGAAGUCUGGGGAUAGUAAUACCUGCUGUUCAGGGAAUAAACUGCCGUUUCCGAUAAUAGCGGAUGAUAAUCGUUCUCUAGCCAGUAAACUGGGAAUGAUGGAUCCGGAUGAGUGUGAUGAAAAGGGCGCUGCGCUAACAGCACGUUGUUUGUUCAUAAUUGGGCCUGAGAAAACGUUGAAACUUUCUAUCCUAUAUCCUGCAACAACGGGACGAAAUUUCGAUGAAAUAUUGCGCGUUGUUGAUUCGCUUCAGCUUACGGCAACUAAAUUAGUAGCGACACCAGUCGAUUGGCAGAAUGGUGAUGAUUGUGUCGUGGUGCCAACGAUUAAUGACAAUGAAGCAAAAAAAUUGUUUGGUGAAAAGAUAAAUACUGUUGAGCUGCCAUCUGGAAAACGUUAUCUUCGCAUGGUUGAGCAUCCAAAAUGA